CUGCAAGGCCACGCACAGUGCUCAAGUGUGCUGCGUGCGCUUGGAAUGUUGUCGGCCGAGACCGGCUGCCUCCACAGCCUGCUGGCAAGACCUUGCCGGGCGGGAUCGCAGCUUAUACUAGCUUUUUGAACACCCAUCCGGGGCCCUGGCUUUCGGUAUCCUUGGCCUAUAGGGUGCAGGGCGUAAUGGGGGAACGGUGGAGGCACUACUGGCACCUCGCGCUUGCUAUUGUGUUCAAGGACCCACAGCUGUCUUGUUUGUGCGCCUUGCGUGCCUGCCCGGGCUUUGCGGAGUUCAUGACUGCUCGUGCGGGGUAACCAGUCCGGGGCCUUGAACUCCAACCGGACGGUAGCCGAGACGUGUGUCGCAGGGGAGGGACGGUUUCCGUUGGCCGCAGAUCCCUGCAGGUCGCUUUGUGCAUCCAUCCGUGCGUCCGUCCUUUGUGGCUCUGCACAGCAGCCAUGUCAGAUUGGAUUCGCAAAUAUUCCGGAAGCGAGCUGUGAAGCUCGGACAAAGUGCUCGCAAACAUGUGCUUUCGCGUUCCGUCUUGGUUGUAAGAAUGUCAAAUAUUUCUGUCAGAGACUAUGCCCUGCGCCAAGCCUGCCAUAAGGAGCCCGCCAUGAGUGAUUUCGGUUAUAAUGACCGUUGCUGCAUUGGCAUGGUUCAAUGAGCAUCAGUCGCUAGCGCUGCGCAGCAGACAUGUGAGAUUGGAGUCAUGGAAAUCUGGAAGCGAGCUGUGAAGCUUUGGGGCAAGUGCAGCUUGUCGUUUGCAGAAGACAAAGUGACACCAAGCAUGUGCUUCGGGUUCCGGUUUUGGUUGUAUUUCAAGUACGUGUGCCAGCGUGCUGUGCACUGCGGCCAAGCUUGCCAUGAACAGGCUUGACUAGGUCCCAGCUGUGUCAGAUUAAACGCAUCCCAAUCUUCUCAAACCUACAGUAAAGUUUGGGGUCAGAGCGGAUUGUUGGAAAGUGAUGCUAAGCAUGCACAUCUUCGUUCGGCCUUGGUUGUGUUCGAAGUAGUUGCACAGGAGCGCUAUGCACGGUACCCAAGUAGUGCGGGAUGAUCAUGGUGGAUGCUGCAAUGUUGCCAUGACUUGAUGAGCUUGGCCUUUGUUUGCCUCAAGAAGUCAAAAGCCAACCCCGGCAGGGCGCAAUGUGGAGCCUUGCUUUGAAGCGAACUGUAAAAUAUUGGGGAGGUUGCUGUUUGCAAAAGGCAAAGUGAUGCCACACACGUGCUUCGGCUUUCGGUCUUGCUUGUGUUCCAAGUAAUUGGUCUAGAGUGCUUGAUGCCCAAGUAGGUUGCCAUGAACAGUGCAAAUACUUUAUUGCUGACAGUGCUUGAUGAGCUUGAGCCGUCCGCAAUUUUGAGUGUGUGCGCGUUCCCUCUUCAAGAGGGAGGAAGUCACAAGGUGCGUGAGACUUUGCUUUGACCAGGACGAAGACCAUUCUUUACAACAGGCCCACCCAGCCCCCGCCAAGGGCUCGAUUCUCCCCUGGUCCGCCCCUGCCCCACGAUUGUUUGCAGCUAGGGGAUUUACGUCACUAGGAGCAAGCCCAAGUUCGGGCCUUGAUGACUUUCUGGGUGUUCGUCUGAAUAACGAAUUGCGGUCGCCGCAGCUGCGUAGCCCCACGCGGCCAAUCCAUUUGCCGAGAUGAGCAACGCUUCCUCUGAGGCAAACACAGGGGACCUGGCCUUGCCAUCCCAUGCGGUGACUCGGACAGGCUUCCGUGGCCGCCUGACACCAACGGCAGCUCUUCUCCUGUUUUUGGAUAGGCACAAACAGUCAGAUUGGCAGCGUGGGAAAUCUGCCUUUUGCUUUCGUUCACCCUCUCAAGUAUUCCAAGUAGUAAAGCGUGUGGCGGGUGCAACUUGCUGUUUGCACUUCUUCUUUCGGUCUUGGUUGUGUUCGAAGUAGUUGCGGUGGAUGCUGCAUUGCUGCCAUGACUUGAUGAGCUUGGCCUUUAUUUGCCUCAAGAAGUCAAAAGCCAACCCCGGCAGGGCGCUACGUGGAGCCUUGCUUUGACCAGGUCCCCGCUCUGCUUGCUGUUUGCAAGUGGCAAAGUGAUGCCACACACCUGCUUCGGCUGUCGGUUUUGCUUUUGUUCCAAGUGGUUGUCCUAAAGUGCUAUGCAUGGUGCCCGAGUAGUUCCGCUGCUGCAUUGUUGCCGUGGCUUGAGCUGUCUGCGCUCUCGGGACAAGGGUGUUUUGUCAAAUACGUUAGGUUAGAUGUUAACACCUUGUGUUGAAGCUCUUUUUUCGUGACUGAGCCCCGGCUAAGUCACAUUAAAGGCAAUCCAAUCUUCCUGAAACGGGCAAUAAAGCUUGGAGCAAGUGCAGCUUGCUGUUUGCAAGAACCAGAGUGCUGCAGGGCAUAUGUGGACUCCACUGCGCGAAAGUGCCACGACAUUGAGUCUACUUUGAAGGCUUGUAGUUGUGUUUUUCGGCGUUGCUGUAUCGCUGGUGACAUCGCUUGGUGAGCUGGAGCCCUUGGCGCUGCCGGGCUACUGGGGGUCAUGACUGAGGGCACUGGGUGCUGGGGGUGAGUGCGGGCGCCGAGACGUUUGGGUGCGAAGUUCUUGCUUUGACCAGAUUGUAGCCAGCCAGGCCUGGCGCCCGGCAGCCAUGUCAGCCUAAAGCCAGGCCGGUUUUUCAAUUGCUGAGACUUGCUGUGAAGCUUGCUGUUGCCGCCGGCAAAGGGGCCCCCGGAACAGUUUGCUCCUGCUUAUCCUGCUUUGCUCAACUCUUGUGACAAGUAGUUUCUUGCGAAAUCUGACCACUACCCUUUUAUGCUGCAUGUGUUGAUUUUUUCCAGGUAAACUGGUCACAACAAAAAGAUAAAAUAUUAUGCUUUCGCACCACGGUCUUCUAUCAGCCGUGUCCCUCGUUUGUAAUCAAAAUGGUGAAUGCUGCAUUGCUGACGUGGCUUGAUGAGCUUGAGCCGUUUCACUCUCGCGGGUCUGAGGUGUUCGUGGCCAUGGGAGCGUUGCAUCAGCUGCGUGAGCCUGGAUGUAAAGACUUCGUGUUAAAGACCACGCACGGUGCGCAAGUCUGCCGUGUGCACUUGGAAUGUUGUCGGCCGAGUCUGUGGCUCUUCGCAGCAGCAACGUCAGAUCGGACUCAUGCAAAUCUUCCGGAAGCGAGUUGUGAAGCUUUCAACAGACAAAGUGAUGCCAACAACGUACUUUGUUUGUCAGUCUUGGUGAUGUUCCAAGUAGUUGCGAGGCUAUGGGUGGUGCCUGAGCAGUCCGCAAUGGACAUUGCCAACACUGGCUUGACAAGCAUGAGCCCUCUGCACAGAGCGUCUUCAUGAGGUUUGAUGUGAAGUCCUGCCGUUGAAACCCUUUCUACGGCUAUGACGGCCGACGGCACGAAGAAGGGAUGACCCAUUGGGGAUUUAGAUGACCCGCAGGAGUGUUGACCACCCAAGGUUCGGUGCGCAUUUCCGGAUUUGCUUGCGGUUCAUGCAUGGCGGAAAUCAUGAAAUGUUCACAACAAAAAGGCAGACCGAAUUUGGGAAACUCGCUGGCAAAAACGGGAGGCCAAGAGAUCCGGAUUUAUUAAUUGGUUUAAAAAUCACUUUUUGGUCCAACAUCUGAUCACACUCGACUCUUUUGCCAAAGCACAGGUGGGUAUUGGAGAACUGUCCGACUGAGCGCACCCUUCCACAAGCGUAUCAUACUCUUUCGCCCAGGCACCGGUGGGUAUUCGAGAACCGUCCGACUAAGCGCAUCUGUCCACAGAUUUCGACGCGUGGCACCAACUUUCUUCCGACGAGGCCUGGUUGUUGGGUACUGAAACCACAGGGAUCGCCGCAAGCCCGACCAAAUUAUCCAUCGACAAAUCGGGCUGAAUGCACCUGUUGCGUGUUAUAAUGACUGCGCCCGUUUUUCGAGCACAAAUGCAAACGACCAACAAACAAGUCCGUGCGCGGUUUAGCAGAAGCUUUGGGCGUUGGCAUACUGCAACAUUGAGUUGAUCGCUUAAAGCGCGCUUGGCCUUCAUCUCUUGCUCCCACACGUGUUUUGCCUCGUGCAAAGAUGCCUCAUAGGUGUCGGCAAAAUGUGCGAAGCCUGAUGGAAGGAUACACCAAGUUCAGUUGCAACGCACCUUGCCGUGUGUUCUGACCAAUGGAACUGCUUAGUCUCGGAAAGAGAAAGGGGACAGCUCACUGUGUUCCCAUCAACCAAGUUCUGCGAACUGUCUUGCGAAGUAAUUCCGCAAAGCACUUCUGCACGAUUCUACGAAGCGGUUUCUGUACUUGCGUAGCUUGCAGACCGAGACUGACGUGCCGCACGAAAUGGAACGAUGAACAAGUUGCCAUGAGCAAACCGACCGUGUGUGAUGAACGGAACUUGAUUCUUUCGCCCAAGCGCAUUGGAGGUGGUCCGACGACGUCCAUAGGUUUGCUUGCAUGGCAUCGACUGCAUUCUGCCCAUGCAUGGUUGGUGGGCACCCAAACCACUGCGAACCGCCGCAUAAGGCCUGACCAAAUCCCAAACAGCUGUGCGACCAGCAGUGUGCUCGGCAGCCCUGUGUGAGCCAGGCUGUUCCAUGCCAUUCUUCCUGAAACUUGGGGCAAGCGUAGCUUGUCCUUUGCCACCAAAAGAAUGUUUGAAUUGCUGACACCUGGUGCCGCGGGCGGCUUUGGGUCACACAGCGGGGUGCCUUUAUUUCCCUCAUGAGGGAAGGCACACCCCGGGGCGCAACUUGAGACUUUGCUUUGACCAGUUCCCAGCGAGCUGUGUGGCUGACAGCCCCCUGCUCUGCGCAGCAGCCAUGUCAGAUGUAAUUGAAUGCCUUCCAAUAGUGAAACGGGCGGGAAAGUGUUGGCCAAUCGCAGUUUGCUGCUUGCAAGAAGCACGGGGUACUCCAGCUUUCGUCCUUGGUUGUCUUCCAAGUAGUUGCGCGCGAUGUACGAGGCUCAAGUUUGACACGUGCAGUUGGAGUGGCGGGCAUGGCUGUGGCUAUUGCUGCAUUGCUGACGUUGCUUGGUGAGCUGAGCUGCCGGCGCUGCCAGCAUUCUGUGGAAGGGAGACUGGGGGUGAUGGGAGCACUGGGAGCAUUGCGUGAGUGGGCCUGAAGACACUGUGCUAAACCGCUCUUCAACGGGAUGAACUUGUUUCUUAUUCUGAGGGAAUCAAAAGCACACCCUGCCAGCCCAAUUUGACACCUUGCUGAGAGCUAGCCGUGGCUGACAGCCGCCAGCUCUGCACAGCUGCGAAGUCAGAUUGAAGCCAUAGCUGUUUUCCGGAAGCGAGCCAUGAAGGUUGGAGGCAAGUGCAGCUUGCUGUUUGCAAGAGACAAAGCGGUCCGAAAUAUGUCCUUCGGCUUUCGGACUUGACAAUAUUCCAAUUGGUUCUGCCAAGCAGUGCUAGGGUGCGGUGAGUGAUUUCGGUCAUAACGACCAUCGCUGCAUUGGCCUAGCUUGACGAGCAUCAGUCAUUAGCGCUCCGCAGCAGACAUGUCAGAUCUCCGGGAGCCUGUCAGCGUUCCCCAGCCAGGUAGUGUGUGACGUCACCUGCUUGCCCAGCCUGCGUGGCUUGCGGCUAUCAGUCGGUUUAAGUUCAGCUUUGCGUGUUUGAAAUAGCGUCGCCAGCUGCAGGUGGUUGGGAGCAGCGGCACGGCUUUGGGAAGUGCGCGUCCUGCAGCUGCUUUUCUGCUUUGUUGAGCUUGAGGCAGAUGCGGCUGCCGCCUUUGAGAGGCCCCGCUGCCCCACUGCCAUUCGGAUGCUGAGCAUUUCCGCAUGUGGCAAGCGAAGUCUUGGAACACGCAGGCUCUGCAGCAGCACCUGCGGUUGAAAAUAGGCUGCGCACUGGUCCACCUCCUAGAUUUCCCAUUUGUUGCAUACAAAGUGUUGUUUGUUCAAGAGUUCAAGUGACCGGGCGAGAUGAAUGAUACGGGACACAGGAAAGCAGAGUUGUUGCGUUACUAUCAUUCUCUGAGUUAUAAGUUCCUUGUUUCUGUGUCCAACGUCCUAGUGUUGUCAAGUACCAAUUUACUAACCAGAGGCUACUAAGCUACUCGUUGCAGUGGCGUGGGGAGUGUGGUGUACCUACCUGGGGUUUCCGGGGCAGGCCUCACGCAUGAAUGCCGACUGCUUAGAUAAACCUGGUUUGAGAACCCUCGUGUCGCUGGGGGUAGUGUGAGUG